CCUCGCUACCCGUCCUACCCUGCCCCCCCUGCACCGACGGACCUUGAACCCGUUGAUCCUGCGAUUGAUAUCAGAACUCCUGAGGAAGUGGCUGCUGCUGAAGAAGUAGUGGAAGAGGCUGCCCCUGUUAAAGCUGCACCCUUAGUGGAAGCUGCACCUGUAGUGCAGGCUGUCGAAAAAGCUGCACCUGUCGAGGAAGCUGCAACUGUUGAGGAAGUCGUUCUUGUUCAGGAAGCCGCGCCUGCUGAGGAAGCCGCGCCUGCUGUGGAAGCCGCGCCUGCUGUGGAAGCCGCUCCUGCUGUGGAAGCCGCUCCUGCUGAGGAAGCCGCUCCUGCUGUGGAAGCCGCUCCUGCUGAGGAAGCCGCUCCUGCUGAAGAAGCCGCUCCUGCUGAAGAAGCCGAUCCUGCUGAGGAAGCCGAUGCUGCUGAGGAAGCCGCACCUAUCAAGGAAGCUACACCUGUCGAAGAAGCUACAGCUGUCGAGGCUGCAGAAGCACCAGUCGAAGCCGAAGGCGACGAAGAACUUCUUAUAGAAGCUGCGAUGGAGAUGGAAUUCCUAGUGAGUGAGUCCGAGGAGGCCGUGACCGAAGUCGUAACUGAAGUCGCCUAGACAAGUUUAAUAUCCUUCCGCUACGUAAAACUCACGCUUUAGUUCUUCGACAAUCUGGUUAUAGACAUGUUUGUGAAAGAGAGAAACAUUCGACAAUUUAAACAUUUCUGUUCUCUGCACUGUAACUGCAAUUCUCUCUCUUGUGAAUGUCGUCUGGAUUCAAAGAGCUCAGCGGUCCUUCCAUAGGCCCUUUCAUCGUCUCCUUCACAAAAAUACACUGCCGGGAUAAGAAAUUACUUCACAGUUUACAGUUUGAUAUUCAACAUAUAUGAACGUUUUGCAUGUUAAAUUUUGUUUAUCCCACUGGAAAAACUGUCUAGCAACAUGCUAGUUCAUUUGACAAUACUCUAAAGUCAUUGUUGCUUGGCAACUGGUGCGUCUUUGAGAUUAUCAACACAUUAUCAGUAUUCUCUGUUAUCUAACGCUGCUUGGCAUCCCUGCUUGGCCGUCAAAAAAUACCCCCAUUUUGUCCUUGAGCAGCCGCACGAAGCAGUACUCCCAGUGUGGCUGCUCAUCUAUGAUAGCGAACUGUAGAACUGAACGUCCCACUCUAGCAGUCUGGUUUAAGUGAAUGUUUACGAUUUUUUCCUUCCGUCUGUUUGGUGUUCUCUAGGUAUUUAUUAUGGUAAAAGCCGUUUGCUUAAUUUUGUAAUAAAACAGAAAAUAUAUGGUUUCACAUCC